UUCCACCGCCGCGGCCACGGCCGCCGCCCCGCCUCCCCAGGCCCGGCCGGAGGGGGCUCUGAGCCGUGGACGUGACUGGGAGGAGUCUGCCCGCCUCGGCUCGCGCGCUGGCCGCCCAGGCCCGGGCGGCGAGCAUGGCGGAGCCCACGGUGUGCUCCUUCCUCACCAAGGUGCUGUGCGCCAACGGCGGCCGCAUGUUCCUCCAGGACCUGCGCGGCAACGUGGAGCUGUCGGAGGCGCGGCUGCGGGCGGUGCUGCGCCAGGCCGGGCCCGAGCGCUUCCUGCUGCAGGAGGUGGAGAUGCGGGAGGGCCUCUGGGACGCCGAGGCCGAGGCGGCGGCGGGCGCGGCUGGCGCGGGCGGCGGCGGGCCCUCGGCCUGGAGGGUGGUGGCCGUGUCCUCCGUGCGCCUCUGCGCCCGCUACCAGCGCGGCGAGUGCAAGGCCUGCGACCAGCUGCACCUCUGCCGCCGGCACAUGCUGGGCAAGUGCCCGAACCGCGACUGCUGGUCUACCUGUACCCUCUCCCAUGAUAUCCACACACCGGUCAACAUCCAAGUCCUGAAAAACCACGGCCUUUUCGGCCUCAAUGAGGCUCAGCUUCGGAUCCUGCUUUUGCAGAAUGACCCCUGCCUUUUACCAGAGGUCUGUUUACUCUACAACAAAGGUGAAGCGUUGUAUGGUUACUGCAACCUCAAGGAUAAAUGCAACAAGUUCCACGUGUGCAAGUCCUUCGUCAGGGGGGAGUGCAGACUUCAGAAGUGCACACGGUCCCAUCAGCUCAUUCAUGCUGCGGCCCUGAAGCUGCUGCAGGACCAGGGUCUGAAUAUCCCGAGUGUCGUUAACUUUCAGAUAAUCUCCACCUACAGGCACAUGAAGCUGCACAAGAUGCUCGAAAAUAAAGAUAAUUCAACUGCUUCUGCCGAGCAUUCACAGGGCGUUGAGAAACAAGGAGUACACGUAGCUGGGGCUGCAGGAGCCAGUCCUCCUGUUUCUGUCCCUGCUCAGUCAGCCAAGAAGUCGUGCGCAGGUAAACCUUAAAGGAUGGCAGUGAAAUGAGAAGAAGCUUGUCCAGUUGGAAGGUCUGAAAACAAAGCUUCUGUUGAGCUUUAAUUUGUAACCAUUUAUUCAUUUAAUUGUUUAUUAAUAGUGGCCUGGAUAAAACCUACCUCCCAGGUUGUUGUGAGAAUUAAAGAAGAUGGAAAAGGAGAAAAUGUCAGAUUGGGAGGAUAAAAUUGGGAAUGGGAGGUUGGGGAUGAGGUUGGACAUUGUGCAGGCAAAGAGGGGGUAAAACCUGAGUGUGCGUGGGGUCAGCCCAGGGCUGACCCUGGAGACGGCGUCUCUGCCUGCAGCCCCCAGAGCUUUCCCCAGGUUGCCUGGCCGGAGCUCUGAAGGGGGUAGGUUUCUGCUGCUUGUGUGACCCAGCCAAGUGUUUUUCCACAUAUACACACAUUUUACCUUCACACACACAUUUAUGCAUUUACACAAAUGUAUUUAUAGAGUGCGUACACUUUAUACUCUUUAUUUUUUUUACUUGUUAUUCCAUAAGUGUCUUUCUACUUUGUUCACAUUGAUCAUGCAUGAUCGUUUUUAUGCACAGAUACACUAAUAUAGCCUAGUUUACUUAACUGUUUCCCUUAUUUGGGGAUAUUUUGCUUCUUUCUAACGAAUUUUGAAUAUAACUCUUUUCUUAAAAUCCACACAAUAUUGAAUUUUUAAAGUUAUUCUUUACUUUUGCUUAGCUUUAGUUGCUAAAUGAUAGCAUCUUUUGGUUUGCAUUUCUUUACAUAUAUGUACAAGUAAAUAUUUUUCCGUGUGUCUGCCUUCCGUAUGUAUUUCGUGCAUUUUGUCCAUGCCCUUUAAUUACUGGAGCCCUCCCCUGCAGAUGUGGGAUGACUUUUAAUUAGGCUCCUUGAUUUUCAUGAAAGGAUGUCAUCUGUGCUGUGCUCAUGUGAUAGCUAACUCUUGUGGAUGUGGAUCCAUCCUCACCCAUCACCACAGAGUAUAUAACUUCCAGGUGCUCACCAGAGAUUUCUACCUCAUUCUGUUGACACUCUUAUCUCUUAUUAAGCUUUUACCGAAGCCCAAAUUGCUAUAGUUUGAAGGAUGUGUAGUUUGUCCAUUCCUCUGCCUUGUAUCUGUUCUUUCUGUGGAUCAGGAUGGACCAUCAGAAAUCUAUAUACCUCACCCAUUUCGUGUUGACUCUCUCCUUCCUCCCUUCUGUCUGCCCCGACCCGCCCAGCUGUCUUCAUCAGAUUGUACUGAGAUGUUUGGUUCUUUGUUUUUGUCAAGGGGUACCACAGAGAAGCAGCUUUAUGAAGUCCUUUCCUGUGUUUGCUGUAGCAGUAUUCCCCAGUGUCAUUGUGUAGUGUUUUUAAAAAGAUUUUACCUGUUCUGCAGGAACAUAACAUUUGAGAAAUAGGGACAAGGUAGCGAGUUUUUCGUAAAGCUAAAUUUAUUUAACUUAGAAAAUUUUUUUAUCAAAAAUACUGUCUUGUCUAUUGUGCAGAAAUGUCCUGUUUAAAGUGAGAAAUUGCUAUGCUUUCUCCUAAUGGACGAUAAUGGAGUCACGCAACUUAUGUUAAUCUUUUCACUUUGAUUGUCAACAACACUUUCUGAAAGCCCUUGUGUUCUGCACAUCUGGUUUCUUUUUUCUUAGUUCUGAUUUCUCCUGGUGCUAAGUUUUUUAAGAAUUGUUUUUACAUUUUAUUAUUAUUUGCAUUAUAUCCUUUUAUGAUGUAUAUUUUUGUUGUAAGCCACCUGAAGUCCUUAAUGGCAAUAGUGUCAUGUGUAAAUGCAUACCUCUCCCAUUAAGAGACUUGGUGGAAUUUUACCUUAUUGUGUACUUUUUAUAUAUUUUAUAAUUAUGAUUUUAUAUAUGAAGUUAUUGACCCUCUCUAAUCUUUGUUGCAACAUUUUAUUCAGUUCUAUAAUAUUCCAUUUUGAUCUUAGUUCUGUUGGUAUUCAUUCUAUAAAGGUCUUUUAUAUAACCAUCUCUGUCUCUCGUCUUUUUCCCUGAUGAUUCAGCUGUUAGGAGUCGUCCCAUUAGAGCUGGAGAGAGGUUUUCUUUGGCAGUUUAUUGGGGCUUGUGAGAUGAAGCUGCACGUCCGUAGGGUCCACAAAUCCAACAUACCCUCAACUCAGAGAUUAACUUUCCUCCAGAUUUGUUCCUCCUUUCGUUUCUUUCUUUUGGCAUGUUACCACCUAUGACUUAAGCCAAAAACCUACAAACUGUCCUAUACUCUUCUUUCUUCUUCUUCCCUGUGUCAAACUGGUUACCCAGUGUUGGAGAUUUUUUCCCCCUCAAAAAUCUCUCGAAUUUGUAUGCUUUUCUGCCCCUUUCUUUCCGUCUGAUACACACAGCCUUGUUUCACACCUCCGCCACCUCUUGCAUUUAUUUCACAGAUGCGUAACUCGGUGAUUUUCAAGUCAUCUUGCAAGGGUUUUUUGUAGAAGCUGCUAGGGGGCCCCCUGCUCCACUUCAGUGCUGGUAGCCCCCUUUUAAUUUGUAACAUAGUAGGUAGGCUUUUGUGCAUUUCAUUGAUCUCCUAACCCCCUCCCCCGCCCCCCCUGCUCUCCCUCUGCUUUCCGACCUGCUGCCUGGUUGAUCUUUUGAAAUGCAAACCUAAUCAUACUGCUUUUUCGACCAUAACCUUCAUUGGUCCCCGUCACGUGGAGUAGGAGUCAUAAACUCAGAUGCCUCCAGCGACCAGAAAGGUGAGUUAAAUGGAUGAAGUGAGCUGACUGUAAGAGGAAUGGGGGAAGAGAGCAAGUGCUUUGGCAAACUGUCCUGUCUAAAAGAGGCAACUACCUCUUGUUUCCAUGUGAGAAUGUGGGCCCGUAUUGUCCGUAUCAUCCCAUUUGUCAAAAGAAGCCAGAAAUCCAGAUUUUUAUGAGAAAUUUUCUGACUUUUAAAUAUUGACUCUUGUUUUUAAAAGAUUUUAUUUUUCCUUCUUCUCCCCAAAGUCCCCCAGUAUAUAGUUAUAUAUUUUUAGCUGUGGGUCCUUCUAGUUGUGGCAUGUGUACGCUGUCUCAGCGUGGCCCGAUGAGCAGUGCGAGGUCUCCUCCCACCAUCCAAUCCAGCGAAACCCUGGGUCAGUGCAGCAGAGGGCGCGAACUUAACCACUCGGCCACGGGGCCGGCCCUAAAUAUUGACUCUUAAUUGAGUUUUUAAAAUGCAGACCAAUAUUGUGUGUCCGACCUACCUGCAAUUUCUGGAAUGCGCCAUUUUAUCUGCGACUCUGUGUUUGUAACGAUGCUCCUUCCGAGUGCCCCUCCCUCCUUCCUCCUGCCUCACGCCUCACAGCCUGGCAGAGUGAGAUUUGAAAUGCCCAUGUAGCCUUUCCUGAGCCCAAGAGAGGCGGCUCUCGGCGCUCGCGAAGCUCCAGCAUAGCACUUACCGCAGUGCAUUUCAGCGCUUUGUGCUUUUAUUCCCUAGCUUUGAGCAAAAGCAUUGAUUAGUCUUCUUGGUAAUUCUAACUCUUGGUAGUUAAAUAUUUUUUGCCAUAUAAUAAAUUAAACUCUGCAUUCGAAUCCAUUAAAUCAAUAUAUUGGUCUUCAUUGUUGUUUUUUUCUCCCCACACGUGUAUAUUUUUAAUAGUCAAAAAAAUCUUUUUUCCCCUAAGGAAUGUGUUAUAUAAGGCAAACAUAUUUUUGGUGCUUCAGUUUGAAUUGUCUAGGUCUAAAAUUAACUUUUUAAGACUUAUGUUCAUGAUACCAAUUCUUUCUAUCAAGGAAUUGAGUCUCCAUUAUUGAUACUUCUUGAUUUCUUUCAUUAUAAUUUGGUCUUGCUUUUGUCUGGGUCUUAUAUAUCCCUUGUAUAAAUUCUUUCUUGGCUAAAUGUGUCUGUAUUGAUACUCAGUAUGGGACUCUCUAUCAUUAGAAUGCUAUUCAUUUUUUAAGUAUUUGUUUUUGGGUGACUUGUCUUUGUUCUAACAGUGUUAGAUGGCCUAUUUGUUUUUUCUAAAUGUAAAAUCAUAGCUGCAAAAAUAUUGGUCUUUUCUUAUGUAUUUCUGUUUUGUUUUUGUGUUAAAUAAAAUUGUGAUAAAAAGAUA